UUAGCAUUAUUUUUGGUAAAAGAAAGAAAUGUUAGAAAAAGGAUUAGGCUAAUUUUGCAGUUUGGAAUUUGGCCUGAUCGGUUGAUGCCGCCAAUCUUUCACAGUGUUGCGCAGAAAUUACCAGAGAGAGAGUAGGGAGGUUUGUGUAGCGUGUAGAUCUAAAGUGAGAAGGGAAAGUGUGGUUGGUUGAUGGGAAAUGGCGCACAUAGACAAUUUGCCGCCAAUGGAUCUGAUGCGUUCGGAGAAGAUGACGGCCGUCCAGCUCAUCAUUCCGGUCGAGUCCGUUCACCGUGCCGUUACUUACCUCGGCCAACUCGGCCUUCUCCAAUUCCGCGACUUAAAUGCAGAUAAGAGUCCCUUCCAGCGAACAUUUGUUAACCAGGUGAAAAGAUGUGCAGAGAUGUCGCGGAAACUGCGAUUUUUUAAAGAUCAGAUACACAAAGCUGGUCUUCGACUUUCUUCUUCUCCUGCUUCACAACCUGAUGUUGAGUUAGAAGGAUUAGAGGUACAAAUUGCAGAGCAUGAACAAGAGCUAAUUGAAAUGAACUCUAACAGUGAGAAAUUGCAGAAAUCAUAUAAUGAGUUGUUGGAAUUUAAGAUGGUGUUGCAGAAGGCUGGUGAGUUUCUUCUUUCAAGUCAAGCAUCAGCCCAGGAAACAGAACUAGAUGAAAAUGUGCACUCUCGUGAUGAAUAUGCUGAUAUAGCGUCAUUACUUGAGCAGGAAAUGCAACCUGAUUUGUCAACCCAUGUAAGAUUUAUUAGUGGCAUAAUCUGCAAGUCCAAAGUUCUUACAUUUGAAAGGAUGUUGUUUCGCGCUACAAGGGGCAACAUGCUUUUCAAUCAGACACCAGCUGAAUAUGAAAUCAUGGAUCCUACUUCAAAUGAAAUGGUUGAGAAGAUAGUAUUUGUAGUUUUCUUCUCAGGUGAGCAGGCAAGGACCAAGAUACUGAAAAUUUGUGAUGCGUUUGGAGCAAGCUGUUAUCCUGUUCCAGAAGAUAGCAUCAAACGGAGGCAAAUAACUCGUGAAGUUUUGUCUCAAUUAUCUGAUUUAGAAACCACUUUGGAUGCUGGAUUACGUCAUCGAGACAAUGCAUUGAACUCUAUUGGGUUUAAUCUCACAAAAUGGAUUAACGUGUAUGAGUUAAGAACAACCACGUUUUCUAGGUUAGAAAGGNAAAAGUGUCUUGUUGGUGAGGGCUGGUGUCCCAUAUUUGCAAAGACUCAGAUUCAAGAGGCUUUACAACGUGCAACAUUUGAUAGCAAUUCACAAGUUGGGAUAAUAUUUCAUGAUAUGGAUUCCGUUGAGUCACCUCCAACAUACUUCAGAACCAACCGUUUUACAAAUGCAUUUCAAGAAAUUGUGGAUGCAUAUGGUGUUGCAAAAUAUGAGGAGGCAAAUCCUGCGGUUUAUACAGUUAUUACAUUUCCUUUCUUAUUUGCUGUGAUGUUUGGGGACUGGGGUCAUGGAAUUUGUUUGCUAUUGGGAGCUUUGUUUCUUCUAGCUCGAGAGAAAAAGCUCAGUUCUCAGAAACUUGGGAGCUUUAUGGAAAUGUUAUUCGGUGGCCGCUAUGUUCUCCUCUUAAUGUCCAUAUUUUCAAUUUACUGUGGGUUAAUAUACAACGAAUUCUUCUCUGUUCCCUUUCACAUAUUUGGUAACUCUGCAUAUAAAUGCCGAGAUGCUACAUGCAGAGAUGCUAGCACAGUUGGUUUAAUCAAAUACAAAGACCCAUAUCCAUUCGGUGUUGAUCCAAGUUGGAGGGGUAGCCGUUCAGAGCUGCCUUUCUUGAAUUCCCUGAAGAUGAAGAUGUCAAUUUUGUUGGGUGUGGCACAAAUGAAUCUGGGAAUUGUUCUUAGUUACUUCAAUGCACGUUUCUUCAGUAGCUUGAUUGACAUUAAGUAUCAGUUUGUCCCUCAGAUUAUUUUCCUCAACAGCCUUUUUGGAUAUCUUUCACUUCUCAUCGUUGUCAAGUGGUGCACCGGUUCCCAAGCUGAUCUUUACCAUGUCAUGAUUUACAUGUUCUUAAGUCCUUUUGAGGAUCUUGGUGAUAAUAAAUUGUUUUGGGGACAGAGUGUGCUCCAGGUCAUACUAUUGCUUCUAGCACUUGUUGCUGUUCCAUGGAUGCUCUUCCCAAAGCCUUUCAUUUUGAGGAGACUCCACACUGAGAGAUUUCAAGGUCGAACAUAUGGGAUUCUAGGAACUUCUGAAAUAGAUCACGAGGAUGAACCAGGUUCAGCAAGGCCACACCAUGAGGACUUCAAUUUUAGUGAGAUUUUUGUGCAUCAAAUGAUACACUCUAUUGAGUUUGUCCUUGGUGCUGUGUCCAAUACUGCAUCAUAUCUAAGAUUAUGGGCUUUGAGCUUGGCCCAUUCAGAGCUUUCGACUGUCUUUUAUGAGAAAGUCCUCCUCCUUGCCUGGGGGUACGAUAACAUCUUCAUACGACUGGUGGGGUUGGCGGUUUUUGCCUUUGCAACAACAUUUAUACUACUCAUGAUGGAGACGCUCAGUGCUUUUCUUCAUGCACUGCGUCUCCACUGGGUCGAAUUUCAGAACAAGUUUUAUCACGGCGACGGCUACAAGUUCAGGCCAUUCUCCUUGCUCUCGUUUGCGGACGAUGAUGACUAGUUACCGGUGUACGCAUGUCUUACACACUUUUUUUCUCUCUUUUGGAAUUCACGGUGAAGAUACGGAUAGGAAGAACAAAAGUGAGUCUAUCAUUGUGCAAUGAAAGCUAGGGUGAAGAAUUUCUACAUGAUCCCAUUUUUGGCUGACCGCUUCCUUUCGCUAUAGAGAAUAUAAUUUGGAGAUACUAUAUACGGUUUCCAUAUAUAGCCGCGAAUCUCAUUUCGGAGUAACUCCCACUUCGGCUCGUAGAGCUGUUCCCGAAUAUAAACAAUUUUUUGUACAUCUUUUUUCUUCUUCAAUAGUGUUUGUAAAGAGGGGAUUCUUUAUACCAUGUACCUUCACCUAUGAUUCUUUUUACUCUCUACUUUUUAACAACAAAAAAAGAGGAGAAAGAAG